AUGAGUAAAAACUCUUUGACAGAAGAUAAGAAUAAUCCAAGUGACAAUGAAAUUGAGUGGUAUCAUGGAAGUAGAGGGAUUGAAGACGAAACGUUAAAAUUGGACGGGAAGAAACCUUUUCCAUCUCCAGAUCGAUUUCAGCAACUUGCAAUAGCUUUAAAAGAAAUCAGAGCGCUUCGACAUUCAGGGGAAAAAACUUUAAGUGCCAAAAACAGACGAGAGAUCAGACUUGUAUAUUCACCUGGACUGGAAACCUUUUCAAUUAACUAUAAGAUGAAACGUGAAAUGUCCAUUCCACUGAGAGAAAUUUUGACAAUUAAAAUUUUGCCAGUGCCUCAUAAAGAGAUUGAUAUCAAGCUUCAGUUUGUUAAACGUCAUCGAGAUAUUUAUAAAGAAGGAACCCAAGAUCAAGAAUUCGAUAACGUGACUUUCUUUAGGUCAAGGAGGUUCCGUUGUAAACCAUUCGAGAGCAUUGACUCUGAAUUAGUUCAAAAUUUUGUGAAGAGAGUUCAAAAGGCGGUUUAUUUGAUCUAUGUGUCAAUGAAUCGUAAUCCUUUUGAUAUCGCUCCAGGAGAAAUAAUUCACGGUGAGGUUGGUAAAGGAACGUACCAAGAGGAAGAGCCACGUGGAAGCGUAGAUUAUUUCCUUGCACGUGAAAAAAAGUUGAUGGCACAAGAAAAAGAAAAGGAGGAUAAAUUGCUGGAAAAGCCGCUUAACAUCGAGAUGAAUAUUUUGUGCAAAUUUGGGAUCGAAGUACGUGCUAUAAAAUGGCCGAUCGAAGGUUCCUAUUAUCAUCUAAAAUACUUUAUUGAACAAAAAUUCAAGCGUCCUUUUAAUAGGGUUUAUUGCAAAGUAAUAAGCGAUGAUACUACCACUAGUAUUAUUAAUAACGACAAAAAUAAAACUGAUUUUGUCGAUAUUAAUGGAUAUGGUUGUUCUUGGAUGCCUUUGUAUACGGAAGAGGAAUGGAAAUUGGUUAAGAAAAAGUUGACCAUAUGUUCUAAGUUAGUUACUAAAUAA